CUUGUGUUAGUGUUUUGGUGCAAGACUCGAGAGCGUGUCCGUUGCUUAACAAGAGCUGUGUGUCACGAUUGAUAUUUAUGUCAAAAGAUUUUUUUAAAAAAUAGAGGAAAAAGUAGUCCAGUCGUGAUGUAAUUGAGUGGUGUUGCGGCCUGUUUUGAAGUGAUGUCUUUCCUCUGUCUGUUUGUUAUAUAAAAAGCGUGUUUGUAUAUAGUUAAGAAACAUCAAAAGAAAAAGACUAGCAAGUGGGGGUGCAGCGGACGUUGCUUUCAUCCCGUUUGUGUUAACAUUCAGUGAUAAUAAUUACGAAUGAGAGUGUAGUUAACAGCUCGAAUUAAUGCACAACGUGACACGCAGGACGAAUCGCCUCCAUGGCUAGAGCAGACUUAUAAGCUAUCCGGAAAGCAAAGAUGACUGAAGGGGAGGCAAAGGAAAGCAGAGAAAAGGAUGGAAAACUGGAAUGCUCGAGCCGAGAGUGGGAAGGCGCUUGCCAUGACGAGGCGGCUGCGGUCCCCCGCGAAGAGGAGGCUGCCGUCCCAGGCAGCGAGGGCGACGGCGAAGAAGACGGACGGGAGGACGGCGAUGCACACGAGGCAGUUGGGCCAAGUAGAGUGGCAGACGGAGAAAGGAAUGGGAGUGGCGGAAUGUGUGAAAGCAGGGGAGAAGAUGCAGACGCAGAAACCAGAAGGAACAGGGAGCCAGAAGUCGGCGAAACCGAAGGGACUGAGUUGGAAGGCGAGGCGCAGGGCGGGCGGGAAGGGAGCCUAUCAGCCGACGGUGGCUGCAGCAGCACCGCAGUGGCCAAGGAGGAAGGGGUAUUCGGCGACAUGACCACGAACUUCCUUACGGGCAUGUCAGUCAUGAGGAACCUCUUCGCGUCCCUCAGCGACUUCCCGGAGAACCCGAUCAGUUCCUCGUCGGACCUUUUGCCUCCCUUGUCUCUCCCCACUACUUGUAUCGCCUCCUCCCCCUUAUCCCUCACCAGGCCAGUGGAUGUCACUUCCCCCAUGUUCCUCCCCUCCACGUACGUCGCCCCACUCUCUUGCCCGCCCGCUGUCGCCCCAGCCGCUCCCUCCACUUCCUGGAGCUCGCGCGUGCGUCAACUGGUGAGGAAGUUCAGUGUGAGCGGCGGGGUCGGGCUGCUGGACAACGCGGGCCGAUUCCUCAACCGAUUCAUGCUCAGGAAAAGCAAGAGCCUCUCCAGCGCUCCGGUCUUCUACUACGAGGGCGAGGAGGAGCGUGAAGUGUUCGAGGCAGGGAUGAAUACGAGAGUAGGAGGAGGAGGGGGGGGUGAAGGAGAAGGAGGAGGUGGAGAAGAAAGUUCAGAGAAGAAUAAGGAUGAGGAGAUGGGCCACGAGUCAGGAUGGGUAAGGAAGAGGGUGUCGGAGAUCGAGCGGAUCAUGAGAGAGCGAGCAUUAGAACGCGAAUGCCUCGACUAUGAGAACACGAGGAAGGAUAGUUUCAAGAAUACCAAGUGUGCCGACGAAAAAGGGAUAGGAGGAAGAAGAGGAAGUAUCUGCGUGGAAGAGGAAAGUGUACGUAAGGACACAGUUCCGCUCGAAAUGGCGGAGGAAGGAUGUGUGGAACAAGAGGCCUUCCUAGAGUGCGCGGACGAGAGGGUACGCGAAGAAGGCAACAAAGAAGUGAAUGAAUACUCACCGAAGGAAAUUGACUGCGCGGAAGGGCAAGGGACCACAGACGCCAGAGGGGGCCGUGAAGACCAGACAAAAGAAGAGCCGGAGGCAGGAGAGACAGAGCGAGAGGACUCAGACGAGACACUCAGCGAAGACGGAAGCGAGGAAGACACUAACGACGAAGGCGACGGCGGGGAGCAGCUGGUACAGGUCGAGCUGCGGGAACGGAGGCGCUCCCGACCCGUCUCACUCUAUAGGUACUCGAGCGUGAGGCCUCGCACCAUCAUCAUGGGCCUCGGAGUGUGCACGGAGACGCAGUUCUUCAGCGAGGAAUUCGGCGAGGGCGUUAGUGAGACCGAGAGCGAGGAUGAAGAGGAAUUCGUCACACCCACGGGCGGCGUGGGGGGCGUGGUGGAGGGCAGCACGAACACCCACCAAGCUCAGACCUCCACCCACGCCCAAAGGUCGUCGUCGUCGAGAUCGGGGUCGCGGCCGCCUUCGCCCUCCGCCGGGAAGACUCAGGCGCGUUCUCAGUCCCGCCCGCACUCGCCCCUGUCCGACAUGGACACCGAAUCAAAGAGAAACUCUCAGGCGGUCAGCACCGAACCCUCCGAGAUCGACGACCACAGUUCCGUCAGGAGCAGUGACCUAGAGUCGUGCCACGACCUUUCCUCCCCACGGUCUUCCCUCUUGGCUCAGGACACCACAAGCGUGCAUGAGCUCGAUCACACUGUAGAUGCGCGCAAGGAUAAGGCCUAUAGGAUCGCUCACGAACUCCUCAACACCGAGAGGACGUAUGUGAAGGUCCUGCAUCUCAUUGACCAGGAGUUCCAGUUCCGUGUCGACCAAGAGAACCGAGCGCACCACCUCUUUCCAGCUGACAUCAUCCCCCAGAUGUUUUCCAAUGUCAAGUCCAUCUACAAACUCCACCAUGACUUCCUUCUCCCGCAGCUCGAGGAACGCAUGGCUCAGUGGGAACAGAACAGGAGAAUCGGUGAUAUAAUGAAAAGUUUUGCUCCAUUCUUGAAGAUGUAUACUGAAUAUGUGAGAAACUUUGACAAUGCAAUGACGAUCAUUAACUCUUGGCAAGCCAAAUGUCCAAGAUUUGCUGCAAUCAUGGAUGAAAUACACUCAAUGGAAGUGUGUGGCAACCUUACCCUGCAGCAUCACAUGUUGUCACCUGUACAACGCAUCCCUCGUUAUGAAAUGCUGCUUCGUGAAUACUUAAAGAAACUCCCGGAAGAUUCUCCAGACCGCCAUGACACAGAGAAGGCUCUUCACCUGGUUUCAACAGCAGCUAAUCAUGCCAAUGAUGCCAUGAAGAAAAUUGACAAGUUUGAGAAACUUCUGGAGAUCCAAGAGAGUCUAGGAGGAGCAGUUGACCUUGUCUCCCCAACAAGAGAGCUUGUCAAGGAGGGGAAGAUUAUAAAGAUUUCAGCUAGAUCUGGAGACCAUCAGGAGAGAUACGUCUUUUUGUUAACAGACUUAUUGCUACUGUGUUCACCACGUCUGAUGGGAAGCAGAGUGAUGAGUGGGCCACAAUAUCGUCUCCGGGCCAGGUACAAUGUGGAGAACCUGCAGGUGCAUGAGGGAGACAACCUGGAAACAGCAAACACAUUUUACAUCAGAGAUGAUAAUAAAUCUGUUGAGCUCUACACACAAACCAUCGAGGAGAAAGAGCAAUGGCUAGAAGCGCUCUUCCGGGCAAUUCAUGAGACUUACCAAAGGAAGUCUUCACUGAAACUCCACUGUAACCCUGACCAGCGUGUUGUGGACCUCGACCUAGGACAAAAGCAGCCCACAUUGAUCCGUUCAGACUCUGUUACAAAGUGCAUGGAGUGCGGGAGCCAAUUCACCAUGGUGCGAAGGAAGCACCACUGCAGGGCGUGUGGAGCAGUGGUGUGUAGCAAAUGUUCCAGCUUCAAGGCCAGUUUAGCUUAUGACAGCGGCAAGAAUGUCCGUGUGUGCCGGACUUGCCAUGCAACUUUGCAGGAGCUGUCAUCAUCCACUGCAACGCCUUCUCCAGAGAUAAACGAGGGGGAUGAGUGCUCCAUACACACAGUUAAAGAACCUCCUGAUUUAGCGUUUAGAAGUAGGGGAGUUUUAGAGGUCUCAGCAGCAGCAGAUGGCGCUGUGGCUCAAGGUUUCCUCCAACUCAAGACACAUCGCAAAGCUUGGGUGAAACGGUGGUUUGCUCUGCACACUGAUUUCGUUCUGUAUUCCUUCAAGUGUGACAUGGACGACCAGGCACUCACAGCAACACCAGUACCUGGGUUUACUGUCACACAUCUUCAGGGCACAAGAAAUGAAAGUGGUAUUAAUGAUAAGGAAAAAGAACGGGCAUUUAAGCUGCACCACUCCAAGAAACAGUAUAUAUUCCUGGCAGCUUCAAAGGAGGAUUCUUUAAGAUGGGUGGCAGCACUGAAGAAAGCUUCACAGGCAGAGUUGCCAUCUCCGGUUCAAUGACGAGAGAGGCAGGUGAUCGAAGCCCUCAUUACAUGUCUGUGAGAACAACCACACUUGCACACACACACACACAAACAUAACUACACUCAAGAUAUUAAAUAUGUACUCAAGUAUACUGUAAUGCACCUAAGUAAAUACUGGUAUUGGAUGUUAGUACAGUCAGGAAUAUGACAAUCUUUAGAUUUCCUUAAUGAGGUUUAGUCAGUAUUGGAAUCCCCCAUAUUGAAUCCCAAAUAAGAACAUAGCUAAAUUUCUGAGCUACUGAUAAAGAUCCAGAAGAAUAGUUUGCUAAAUACUAUGCAGCAGAAAAAGGGAAACAAUAUAGAGCUGGACCUUUUAAGGCUUAGGUAUUAAGUCAUAUUCCUGUUUGAUGAAAUUAGUAUUUCAUACACCAGCUGUAGACUUCAUACGUCCAGAAACCGCAUAAAUGUUGUGACAUCCAGCAUUUGGAACUAAGGGGAUGAAACGAAGCAUCUGCAAGCCAACGGGGAUAUGAUAAUCAAAAUUAUUUAUUGAUGUCGAUGUUGCAAGCAAAAAAAGUCAAUAUAAACUACUCGUCUCCUCUUUCUUAAUCUGCUCUUGGCGUGGGCAAGGUGUUCCAGUUUGAUUUUUAUUGUUUUGGCUGUGAGUUGUCUAAUAUGUGUUUGGGGAUUUAGGUUAUAAAUCUCUCCCAAAUGGUUUUAGCAAUUUGUUUGUAUAACUUCAUUUAUUUUCUAAAUUUUAAUAUAAGUGAAAGGCUAAGGGGAAAAAUCAAAUGAGAACAUCAUAUUGACAGUUGGUAUUUUUAGUAUGUAUAUUUUCUUGUAAUUGGAAUCUGUGUCUUUUCCUCCUUUUUUAUUUACUUUAAAUUCAAGGUUUAGUUUAAAAUAAGGGAUUUCUCUUCAGAAUUGAGUUAUUUGUUGGUUUUCUGAUUUUUCUAUUUUAGCAUAGUUUUAUAUCACAUUUUAAUUUGAGUAAACCAUAUCUAUGAUCUUCAUUAAGAAUCUACCAAAAUAGGCCUUCAUUUGCUGUGAUUUAAAUCAUAUCAGGAUAUGUUAAUUGAAUGAACAGCUUUGGAAUUUUAUCAUGACAAAAAGAAUUUUAAAAAUCAGUGCCAAACAAAUUCUUGCUACACUGCCUUCUAAAUCUCUUAAGCUGUCUAUUCGUUCUUAUGGAUUACAAGUGACAGUCGAGUGGUGGUGUAACCCGUGGACUUACUUUGUGUAGACUUCGGGCAGAGUGUGAGAAGGGAUGGGAAUGCUUGUAUGUCUAGAUUAAUCCUAGGAUGUACACCAGUGAUUGGGAAUGGUGUUUUAGUGGCUUCUAGAGUCAAGUUAAAGUGUACAUGUGUGAUGGAAAAGGUAUAUAGUGGCUUUUAGAGUCAAGCUGUCUUUAUGGCUUAUUGUCAUAGAAUCUUGUGCACCUUUCUUCUAUGCUUUAAAAUGCUUCAUCGUGCUUCACUUAUCUUGUUUGACAUUGUCUGAGUGCUCUACAUUUCCUUUGGAGUUAAUCAAGCAGUAUCUUUAGCACAGACAACUUGUAAAAGAUCAUGAUUUUUUCUGCAUUUCUUCAAGAAGUGCAUGUUAGAGACUGUAUUGGAGUGUAGAGUGUUUCAAGACAAUGUAUUAUGGUUGGAAAACUUAUCUCAUUAAACAAAAUGAAUAUCUCAAGCAGUGCAGUAUUUUCAGUAACUAUUUAGUGCUUGAAUUCAUUGUUAGAUUUUUCUUUUGAUAUGCAAAAUUGAUAAAUUGAUUACUAAUUGAACUAAAACAAAACAAAACAAAAAAAAGAAAACUUGGGCUUUCAGUUCUAACAAGCAUUACACAUCAGACAGGUUUGGUUGCAGAGGCUAUUAACUGUCAAAAAAAAAAAAUUAUCUAUCUUAAAAAAGAAUUGCUUCAAAUAAAAGGCCAAAAACCAUGCUUCUUUUUGUGAGUUAAUUGCAUCUUCAACCUGGCCUUUCACAUCACAAGUUGUACUCACAGAGCGUGUAGAAGCUCGGUCACAAAGCCUCCGCUACCGUACUAAAUAUGUGUAUAAUGUACAGGCUUAUUCACUCACUUUCACCAAAUUGGACAAGAUGCACGCUUAUCUUUUUUUCUUUUGUUUUCUUGCUGUAUAACAGUAAAGGAUGCACAGAUUAUCUAUACUUAAUGCACAAUUCUUAAAGAAUAGCUAAUAUAAAAAUUUGCUCUAGGAAGCAGUAGAUAAAAUUGUUGUUAUAUGUGUUCUGAGUAGGGACACUUUACAUCUUUAUCUCUUUUUGUACAGUAGGGUUUACUGUAUCAACUUUAUAUGUGCCAUAUAAAUGUGUAAAUAUAUGAGUCUCUUAAAUAUUUUCUUGUUUAAAUCAGAAGAUGUGUCAUUAAUUGAAAGUCUCAUGCUUUUUUGUGUGUGGUGGCAGAGAUAUAAGAAGAGUGAAGGAAUUACUGGAUGUAUACAAACAUGUUAUGUAAUGUUACAAUGAAGUUCAGUAUCAUUGAUCAAAUAUUAUUCUCUCAAUAGAGAAGUGGUAUUAGUCAUAUCUUUACUUUUAAGUCCUAGUUAUGGUAAGUGUGAUUCCUAUACUAUAUUUAUGAAAUUAAUCUUGAUUCUGACAGCUUACUUCAGAUUUCUGGGUUAACAGUAAUUCUGUAAAAGCAGACCAUCACUAGGACUACAUUUUAUUUGCUAUUGAAAUAGAUAAUACAAAAUUCAAAAUUACAGGGAACAUAUAUAUACAUAAAUAAGAAAUAUAAUGUAACACAUCCUAGACUAACUUCUUUUCUCUGGAACCACCAAAAAAAAGCAUGUCAUGCAGAACCUUUGAAACAUCUCCUGACCACAACAACUUUCACCAGUUAAAGGAAGUUUUACAUCAUUCAGCAAAUAAAGACAGAGAAGACAAGAUUUCAUGAGAUCUCUUUCAACUUGAUGCCACAACUCUGGUGAAAACCCCUUGAUGUUUGUGUUGUCACCGCACCGAGGUUAUUUAAGAUCUCAGUCUCACUCUCUCCCCAUCUCCUGUCCAUGUGAAGUUCUGCACAUAUGUAUAUAAAGCAGUUAGCCCAGUGAAAACUCGAGAUUUUAAAAUUAUUGCAAACUUUUGUAGAAAAAAAGUAAAUCAGGUUUUGGAAUUUAGUAGGCUUCA